AUGCUAUGGUUACUAUUGCUCAAAACCGCACUUGUAUUUUUGUUUUGCGCUGUUGCUCUGGCAGUCACCCCCAAAAAGACCGGGGAAGAGAGACCCAUAUUCAAAAUAUCUUCCUCGACUCAUCAGCGAGCAUUAAUUGGUGAUAUGCUACAGAAGGUAGCCGAUAAAAUAACAAAUAAGCCAUCCAAUUUAUCCAAAUUUAGAGCAUGGAGCACCAGCAGUGGUGCUGGUGGUGUCAAAGGUGGUGGUGGUGGCGGGCAGUCUCGAAUGGCGGAUGAUAAAUUGUGUUUGGAUAAUUCCAAUAUCAAAUACUUCAUCAGAACAAUAAAACUCACUGAUCAGAUUUACGAUGCAAGUGAAUGCAGAAUCAAUUUGAACCCACGAAUGCAGUCGAUACUUCAGCCAACGUUCAAUAUCCAUAAUCUAAUCUUGAGAGACAAUGACACGAUACAGACCCAAUUGAAGUAUGUCUUGGUUGACGAGUUUAACAGGUACAAGCAAUUUCAAGAUUACAAAUUCAAUGAUUUUGAGAAUCUCAAUUACGAUUUAAACUGUUUGAUUGACUACCAGGAAUUGAUGCAAGUUGAGUUUAAAGAGACCGUGAUUGAGGUUGGUUUAGAAAGAAGAAUCGAAGUUGACCCGUCGUGCGAUUUCAACAGACUAAACGGCAAGUUCACAGGCACAUCCGUUGAUUAUGUAUCGGCUUUUGUCCCUUUGAAUGGUACAUUCUUUUGCAAAAAGGGCAAGAGCUCGAGUUGCAAUCGACAAAUUGCCGAAUCAAAACAUUCCAGGUAUAAGCUACCGGAUGUUUACGUGUGA